UGAGGCUGAGGGUGUUUGUGUGCGAGCCAGCUCUGUGACUGGCUCGCUGUGUGACUGGGGGCUGUGUCUACAGGAAAGUGGGAAGGUGCAGCUGUUGUGCUGCGCUCGGAGCGGGCGGAGAGGAGACCUGCCUCUGCGGCUGCCUCGCUGGGCUCAGACGGCGGGAGGAAUGCGAGCUGAGGAGCCCGUCCGCGGCUGCACACAGACCCACGCGCGCCCACCAUGUGGAUGAGACGGGACCGGCUGCUGGUCACCCUCGCGCUGGCCGCCGUCUUCAGCGCGGACGUCUACUUCGUGCUGCUGCCCAAGCUGAGGGAGAAGUACCCCGGGGACGGGUGCACCUGUCCCAACGUCAGCCAGGGAGGCCAGGCACCUCAGCGGCCGCCCAACUCUUCCCUGGUCACCGGGGACUCCAUGGAGGGACUCGGGGUUAGUGCUCCAGGGGAGGCUGGGGGGAAGGUGUGGGCAUCCAAGCUGGAGAGGCUGUUUGCCCAUCCGCUCUACAACAUCCGCAGCCCUGACCUGGGCCACGACGAGGUGCUGCUCCAGCCAGAGGAACUGAUGGGUUACUACAAGAGGAAGGUGUCCCGCUGGGAGAGGCAUCAGAAAUUCUACAAAGUGGUGGCAGCAGUCACCAACAUUUCCCUACCUGAUCAGGAGGUUAUAUUUGACCCAGAGGUCAGCUGGCUCAAGUUCCACAUGGGGAUCAACAAAUAUGCACUAUAUUCCCGAGAGGACCCAAACAUAGAGCGUCUCCUUCAGGACAUGCUCAACACAAAGGUCAUCAAUGCAGACUACACGCAGGAUGAGAAAGCUCUGAAAGGUUCAUGUGACUGCUCCCAAGUGGUAAAGCCCAGUGGACACCACUUGAAGCUGACUUUGAAAUUGCUGGACUUUGGCAAAGCCAUGUUCAAACCCAUGAGACAGGAAAGAGACCAUGAGACACCAGAGGACUUCUUUUAUUUUGUUGACUUCCAAAGACACAAUGCUGAAAUAGCUGCUUUCCACCUGGACAGAAUAUUAGACUUCCGCAGAGUGCCCCCAGUGGCAGGGAGGCGUAUCAACGUCACAGGAGAUAUCCUGUACACCACUCACAACGAAGACCUAAGGAGUGUCUUCUUCACCUCACCAGCAAACAACACAUGCUUCUUUGCCAAGUGUCUAUACAUGUGUAAGACAGAGUAUGCCGUGUGUGGCAAACCUGACAAUCUGGAGGGCUCUAUGUCUGCCUACCUGCCAGGCCUGAGCAUAGCCCCACGCAUAUCCAUCCCCAACCCAUGGAUCCGAUCCUACACCUUCACUGGGAGAGAAGAAUGGGAAGUAAAUCCAUUCUACUGCGACACAAUUAAGCAGCUAUAUCCUUACAACUCUGGGAACAGGCUACUUAAUAUCAUUGAUAUGGCCAUAUUGGACUUCCUCACAGGAAAUAUGGACCGGCAUCACUAUGAAAUCUUCACCAAGUUUGGAGAUGAUGGCUUUCCACUUCACAUUGACAAUGCCAGAGGAUUUGGAAAACACUCCCAUGACGAGAUGUCAAUCCUCGCCCCGCUGACCCAAUGUUGCAUAAUCAAGCGGUCGACCCUGCUGCGUCUGAAGCUGCUGUCUCAGGAGGAGUUCCGGCUGAGCGACGUGAUGCGGGAGUCCCUGGGGAGGGACGCGCUGAGGCCCAUUCUGAGCGAGCCCCACCUGCAGGCCCUGGACCGGCGGCUGCUGCGCGUUCUCCGCGCUGUGCACAAGUGCGUCAGGAAGCUGGGCGAGGCGGGGGUGGUGGCCGUGGACUUUGUGGAGUCUCGCACUGCGACGGCGAGGCCGGCCGGGAGCAGGUAGCACAGGGCGUGGACAGUGGAGACAGGCCGAUGCCGAUAAAGCUGGAUGAACGAUAAAGCACUGGAUUAAGACUUCUUUUUUCCCCCCCCACUCGAAAACCAUUCUUAACCGCCACCCUGUAUGAAUGUGAUAGAUUAAAGACAAUUUCUCCAUUCUUUUCCCAUAAUAAACAGAAAUCUGGGUCGCUAUGAAAGUCUCCUUCAGUCACUAACUUUCCAGUUUAAAAGAAAGAUGAAAAGGCAAGAUUGGGGCCAGAGUAGAAUUUGAAGCUGAUGCAGCAGUGGCAUAUCGGGGGGGGGGGUUAGGACAAAUCCAAAGGCCCAAAAUUGUGCAGUAACUGUGCAAUAUGUGAUAUCUUUCACAAGGACCAAAAUCCCUGGCAGCACCAUUACGUACCCAUUUCAACGACUAAUCUGACUGUACAUGUAAGAAAAAAAAAGUCAAGCAGGUGCUCAGGACUAGGGUUCUCUUAAAUGCUAACUGGAGUAGUGUCAUCAAUGUGAUUGGAAAUUGCCUUUUGGACUCUAUCUAUUUGAAUGAUUGCUGUGGUACUCCAGUUAUAACGCAUAAAACUUAAGAUAACUGCUGUUGCUCUAUAAGUUAUGAUCAAGUUAAAACGGUUCUCCCACAUGCGAUCAAACUCCUGUAAUGUGUGUGGACUGCACUUGAAACAGUGCAGGUGAGGUUCUAAAUUCCUGCAUCCAAACUGCCACCAUUCGCUCAAAUGAGACUGAUUCUACCAGAGACUUUGGUACAAUCAAAUAAAGCUGCUCCUUAUCCAGGGCUUUAGUGUGCACAAAUGAGAACGCUCUGUGCCAAUACACCGUUUUCCUUCGCAGGUUAACAUUUAGCAACGACAAGGAAAUGGGAAUGCAAUCACGUGGCUUAUACAGCUUAUGCUCUCCAUAUUAUCUUUUAUCACAGCUGAAUAGGUACUGAUGUACUCUGAAAAAGGAUAUGGCAGUGUGAUUUACUUGAAAUGUGAAUAUAGAAAUGUGAAAUUCAUAUGAAAGAUGCCUACGAUUGUUUAAGAGCCACAUUUCUCCACAAGAAAGGGUUACCUAUUUAAAAGCAGAGAGCUUUAAUGUUUUAUGUCCUUGUCUGUCUAAUCAGAAAAACAUGUAUUUGGCAUUAUUGUGGCAUCACAAUAAAAUCUAAACCAAACCAUCAAACAAACCUCAUUAUCAAACACAUCA